CCGUGCCUCGCUCCCGCCGCGCUGACACCGCCGGGCUGAGCGCGGAGUCGCCUCCAGCGGGAAGCGCACUUCCGUUAUCUGUGCGCCCGCGCCCCCUCCUCAGCUCGCUCUCUCUGGAUGUUUAAGGCGAGGAUGAACAAACAGAUCCAGCCCGAGCGCAAAGUGUCGGUGGUGGCCCCCUUGCCGGACCGCGCGGGGCCGCCGCCGCCGCCGAAGAAGGACGUGGAGCUGAUCCUGGUGAAGGAGCACAACGGGGUGCAGUACACCAGCAGCAGCCUCCUGCCCGCCGCCCCCGCGCCGCGCUACGGCACCCAGGACAGGGAGACCUGGGGCAAGAAGAUUGACUUCCUCCUCUCCGUCAUCGGCUUCGCCGUGGACCUGGCCAACGUCUGGCGAUUUCCAUACCUCUGCUACAAAAAUGGAGGGGGUGCUUUUCUUAUUCCCUACAUCCUCUUCUUAAUCAUUGCUGGAAUGCCCCUGUUCUAUAUGGAAUUAGCACUGGGACAAUAUAACCGAGAAGGGGCUGCCACUGUGUGGAAAAUCUGCCCAGUUUUCAAAGGUGUAGGCUAUGCAGUGAUACUCAUAGCUCUUUACGUGGGUUUCUACUACAACGUGAUCAUAGCUUGGUCUCUGUAUUAUCUAUUUUCAUCAUUCACGUUUGAGCUCCCCUGGACCAACUGCCACAACAGCUGGAACAGCCCAAACUGUACAGAUCCCAAACUCUUCAAUGCAUCAGUGCUUGGCAAUGGCACUAAAUACUCAAAGUACAAGCUCACUCCUGCAGCUGAAUUUUAUGAGCGAGGAGUUCUGCACCUGCACGAAAGCCGUGGGAUCCAUGACCUUGGCUUGCCUCGCUGGCAGCUUUCCCUCUGCCUCUUGGUGGUGGUAAUCAUUCUUUUCUUUAGUCUGUGGAAAGGCGUGAAGACUUCAGGAAAGGUUGUUUGGAUAACAGCCACUUUGCCUUAUGUUGUAUUAUUUGUCUUAUUAAUACAUGGAAUAACCCUGCCAGGUGCAUACAAUGGAAUAAAUGCAUACUUGCACAUAGAUUUCAGAAGAUUGAAAGAAGCCACAGUAUGGAUUGAUGCAGCUACUCAGAUAUUUUACUCCUUGGGAGCUGGGUUUGGYGUUUUAAUUGCAUUUGCCAGUUACAAUAAGUUUGACAACAACUGCUACAGGGAUGCUUUGCUGACUAGCACCAUUAACUGUGUCACAAGCUUCAUCUCAGGAUUUGCAAUUUUCUCCAUAUUGGGCUACAUGGCUCAUGAGCACAAAGUUAAAAUUGAGGAUGUAGCUACUGAAGGAGCUGGUUUAGUUUUCAUCCUGUACCCAGAGGCAAUUUCAACUCUUUCAGGAUCUACAUUUUGGGCUGUGGUGUUCUUCAUCAUGCUCCUUACUCUUGGCAUCGACAGUUCUAUGGGUGGRAUGGAGGCUGUCAUCACCGGCUUGGCAGAUGAUUUCCACCUUCUGAAGCAGCACAGAAAGCUCUUCACCUUUGGUGUUUCUUUUGGCACUUUCCUCCUUGCCCUUUUUUGCAUCACCAAUGGUGGAAUUUAUGUGCUCACACUUCUGGACACAUUUGCAGCUGGGACUUCAAUACUGUUUGCUGUUCUAAUGGAGGCAAUCGGAGUUUCCUGGUUUUAUGGUGUGGACAGAUUCAGUGAAGAUAUCCAACAAAUGAUGGGCUUCAAACCAGGCCUCUACUGGAGAUUGUGCUGGAAAUUUGUUAGUCCUGCUUUUUUAUUGUUUGUCGUGAUAGUCAGCAUAAUAAAUUUCAAGCCUCUGACCUACGAUGACUACACCUUCCCUCUGUGGGCAAACCGCAUUGGCUGGGGAAUAGCAUUAUCCUCAAUGAUCCUUGUGCCCGCCUAUAUCAUCUAUAAAUUUAUGAAUGUGCGUGGGACCUUUAAAGAAAGACUAGCUUACUGCAUCACGCCUGAAAAUGAGCACCAACUYGUGGCCCAAGGAAAUGUCAGACAGUUUAAGCUCCAACACUGGCUAACAAUAUGACAACCAACAGGUCAAGGAAAAAACCCACGUUCAGCUAAACUGAGAAUACAGAAAAGUCAAGUUCAAAGCUCCCUCACUCACUGCUUGGACCAGGCUGGCUCAGAGCUUAUCCACUGACUCUUUGAGGGAAGACAUCUGCUCUCUGUUGUCAAUGCCUCCCUUCUAUUACUUGGCUUCAAAUGAUCUUUAAAGACUCUGUUUAAUUUUUCUUGCAUCCUUUGGCGCCAUGAGAUCCCUACAUGACCAAAACUUGUGAGUUUUGCUAUUGGCAGAAGUGGAGGAGGGGGGAGCAGAGGAAAAAAGCAAUCGGCAUACGUUAAGUGCUUUUUUAUUGUGAAGAAGUGAAUUAAACUUUUCUGACAGUAAUAAUUACUUCAGAUAUUCAUGCCACAACUAUUUUAAACCAACAACACCUGAGCAUUCUUAGAUCUAAGGAAAGAGUACACCUCAGUUAUGACAAAAGAGCAAUUUUAACUAUGUACUCAUGUCAUCAGCUUUCUUGCCAURCUGUCCUUUGGGAUGUGAGUGCAUCCUGCUCAAGUGAAGACUCGGUGCUUCAUUUUCAGUGGUUUGUUUUUAGUUUCUUCUCUUGGUGAAGAACCAAGUCUUUGCUGUACUUGCCCAUGCUGUUUUCAGUUUCAUUGCACAUCAGGAAGAGAAUUCCUGUUGAGGUUACAAGUGCAGAACACAGGUAAAUAUCACAGUGUGCUUCAUGAAAGAGAUAUUCCCUUAUAUCCACAGUUUAAGUGGCUUGAUCAUAUAAUCCACACUCGGCAGACUUUUCCAGCUAAGCAUGAAAGUUACAUGCACAUAGCCAGACUCUCAUCUUUUAGUUGUAUUUCAUUCUAAAUAAAGAAUGUAAAAUACAUAGGAAGAGAUAAUUUUUAGAAUUAUAUAAUUACCAAGUGGCACAAAAAUACAAACUGGCUUUAUUCUCCUGCUGUGAACAUGCUACAUUAUAAUUUAACYAGGRUUCAYCUACCAAAACAUAGUAAGAUUUUGYUGARUAAUUUAAAAGGAUAUUUAGGCACACUCAGCUCUGUAAGCCUAUUCUUUGGUAGUAUUAUGCAAAGUAGAAGAUACAGAACAAACUCUGCAUUUGGGUGCUGUUCUUAUUCUGUGGUCACUUGUCACUGUAGUAUCUUCCAGGUGAUCACUACAUUCAGUAGCUUUGAGUUAGUUCUUGUAGUUAUUUAUCUCUAGGUCUACAGUAAUUUUUAGAGGCAGUAGCUUCUCAGCUGGAUCCAACCCAGAGUUUACCUCUGGACAUUACCUCUGAUUUUUUUUGUCUCUAUACAUUCAAUUCAACUUGUCUUUUAAAUGUAUGUAGUGCUUCCUCUUUUUAAAAAUGCCUUUUAAAUGGAUGGGCCUUUUUUUAUUUAUAAAACAAUUGUUGUUGAGUUGUUUUCUUUUUUAAAACAGCCAAGUUUAAAAGUGCCAAGUGCUUUUUGGCUUUUUCUAUUUAAAAUUGAUUUAUGUUCAAAAUAAUGAAAGGGAAAUUUCUCUCCUUACUCAUUCUUUUCCUCCAACAUAUUCAAUACUUCAGAAUGAAUCAAGUGUUGUCCUUCUCUUGAAGAGUCUCUGUGACAAAUAGUAGUUCUAUUUAAACAGGGUUUUAAACCCAAAGAAUACUUUCUUCAAAUUAUAAAGAAAGUCUUAUUUUCUGGCCCAGCUGAUGGCCAACAGCUGCUUAAACCCUGUUAUUAAAUAUAUUUCAAUAAUAAAGGAAAUCCAAAUGUUGCAGUUCUAAUGCUGUAAUCACACGAGAGGCUAAAUAGUGAAAAUAUGUKGAAGGCUUCAAAAAAGUCAUUCCAMCAACUUUCCAGCUAAUCUCAUUUUUAUUGUUUGCUGAACUACAUGAGAAUCUCUUCAUUGUUUUUAAGCCUGCUUUUCAACAAUACAGCUGYUUCAGUCACUGGCUUGGCAUGGCUCAAAAGCUUCUUAGCAUAGAUGUAAUUACCAAGUUUUGAAACUCCUAGGGGCUGUUUAACGUGGAGCUUUAAUGGGUUGUCAUGUUACAGAUUGUUUGGUUGUCUCAUGAUUGGAAGUGCUAAAAACCUACACCAGUGUUCACUCAUGACACACCCUAUCACCCCAACCCUAYAGCAACAACCCAGAAAAAAUUACAUUUCCUCACCACUCUGCUCUGAAAUAGGAGSAAAGCUACCAUAGCAUGGCAGUGAAAUCAGCUUUACCCAUCAUGUUUGGGUUUGAUUGUAUUUUUAAUACCAACUCCCAAAGCAAUUAACCUACUGCAUUAUKUUUUUUUCUGUUGCUGUACAACUUCUUAGGUUUAGUGUAGUAUUUAUAGCUCAGGACUACAUUGCACUAUUGCCACCUUGUUCUGAGGUUUAUAGGUAAAGAAAUUGCAAUCUAUACAGAAGACAAAAGUCAUAUCAAAGAAAGUAGGAAUCUUAUUACCAGAAGUACCCUGAAUGAAAAAGACAAUGCACAGUGCAUGACUGCAUAGGUAGACUCUAAAUUCAAGAUGUUGCCCAAAGAAAGUCUCCCCMCACAUAAUAUGACUUCUGUCCUAGAGACAAAUAUCUUCACUUCUCCACAGAAUAAGAUGAUGAACUACCUCAUGCCUCUUGKAUGAUGAAUGAUGCCAUUAGACACAAACUGGCAUCUAUUCAAAUGACAAAAACUUUUGUGAAGACCAGGUUGUGCUCAUUUCCUCCACUCAAUGACAUGGUACAGACAGUCCAAUAAAAAGCCAUAGCUCGGGCACCCCUCUCCUCUUAGGCACCUACUUUGGGCUCUCAAAUACAUUUUCAAUAUGGAAAAUAUCAAAUACUACAAAGACACUCCUCCCUUCAGUUAUAACACUUGUAAUUAAAAA